GUCCACGACAUCAGCUUGAUAAAUGUAUUUUACACAAAACAACCUUUAUUACUACUAAACAUUAAACAAACAUUAUUGUGUACCGCAUGAAUCUUGAUUUAAAUUCUAGAUAUAGUCUAGAUCAAUAUAUAAAAAUAGGGGAUAGCCAGGCAGUAGAUCUACAUUUUUUUAAUAUGUCGGAUGUCACUAUGAAUUUAUGAAAUGAGUUGAAACUGCAUAUUGUUGAAAUAUGGAUCAGCAAAACUCCUUUUUUCGUGGGAGGGGGAGAGGACGUGGUAAUCAGUUUGUCACACCAGCCUCACCACAACAAAGAAACUCACAAAGUUCUAAUGGAACACAGCAAAGGCCUGGCUACUUAAACCAAGCUAACCGUUGGGCUGAUAAUGGUUUGAAUAUCUCUGGCCCUCAGAGUCCAAGAGUUGAAAGUGAGAGAUUAGAAGCUUCUAUGAAGUCAGUUGAAGAUUUAUUUGCCAAGGCAAGAAAUGAGCAUUCAGUGUCUGCCCAACGACAUUUAUCUAAAACAGAAAAUAUUUUGAGUGACUCUGAUGAUGAGGAAGAUGAUAUUGGUAGCUUGGUUCUCAGCGGAGUGUUUAAGUCAUAUGCUAAAACAUUUGACACUGGUGAUACUGAUGAAGUACACUCAGCACAGGAAAAGCUUCUUCACUCUUUCAGAUCUGGAACUUCAGCAUGUCUUGUUUGUAUAGAGACUAUCAAAAAAGAGGAACCAAUUUGGAGUUGUUCUGGCUGUUUUUGCAUGUUUCACAUAACAUGCAUACAAAAGUGGGUAAGAGAAGGAGUAUAUCAGAAACAAUAUUCCUCUGGAGACUUUGUCACUGAUAAACCAACUGAUAACAUUCCUUGGUACUGUCCGAAAUGCCGUCAUGAAUACUCACAGCGUGAAAGUCCAACAAAAUACUACUGUUUUUGUGGAAAAGAGGAGAACCCCAAAUUUGACCCCUGGCUUGUACCACAUUCAUGUGGUGGUGUUUGUGGUCGCAAGCUGAAACCUAAUUGUGGGCAUUCAUGUCUCUUGCUUUGUCAUCCAGGGGCAUGCCCUCCUUGUCCAUCAAUUGUUAAGUCUUCUUGCUACUGUGGAAAGAGUGCCCCAAAAACUGUGCGGUGUAGUGCUAGAUCUUGGACUUGUGGGAGUAUUUGCGGACGCACUCUUUCUUGCAAACAUCACAAAUGUGCUGACAGGUGUCACUCAGGCGAGUGCCUUACAUGUACGCAAACAAGCAUACAAAGUUGUUGUUGUGGAAAGAAGAAAAUGGAACGCCCUUGUGAUAGUGUUUCCUGGAAGUGUGAUCAGAUCUGUGGAAAAGUUUUGAACUGUGGUAAUCAUUUAUGUGAGGUGAAAUGUCAUUCAGGGCCCUGUGGUAGCUGUCCACGUUUAGGACUAAGAAAAUGCCCAUGUGGAAAAACAGAAUUUCAACUACCUUGUACAGAAGACAUUCCAACAUGUGGUGAUACUUGUGGUAAACCACUAACCUGUGGCCAGCAUUUUUGCACCCACAGAUGUCACACAGGUGAAUGUGGGCAGUGUAUGCAAAUGUCAUUUAAAAAGUGUCGCUGUGGUCAGCGGCAAAAAGAAGUACCUUGUGCUAAAGAAUUUCAGUGUGAGAAAAAGUGCAACAACAUGAGAAGUUGUGGUGUCCACAAAUGUAAUCGUAAGUGCUGCGAUGGUAAUUGUCCUGGCUGUGAGCAUAUAUGUGGCAAAACUUUGAGGUGUCGCAAUCAUAAAUGUGCAAGCAGAUGCCAUAAAGGUCCUUGCUAUCCAUGCCCACUUACUGUGAGUGUCACUUGCAACUGUAAGAAAAGUCAAAUUGCAGUACCUUGUGGAAAAGAAAGGGAAACAAAACCUCCAAGGUGUAAUCUACCUUGCCAAGCUCCACCAGAAUGCCACCAUCCCAACAGACAGAAACAUAGAUGUCAUUUUGCUGAUUGUCCACCCUGCAAUUUUAUAUGUGGAAUAAAGUUUAAUGGGUGCAAUCAUAACUGCCCAGUCUUGUGCCACGAUGCUGUUAAAAUCAAGAUAGAAGAUAAAAGUGCAAAAGCAGGGCCCUGGGAAGCAAAGCCAACCCGCAUAGAGAAAGUUGCCAAGCCUUGUCCACCAUGCCAAGUUCCUAUUACAGUUCAAUGCCUUGGAAAACAUGAGACUAGUGACUUGCCAUGCUUCAAUGUUAAACCGUACUCUUGUGGUCGGAAAUGUGGACGUAACUUAGCUUGUGGAAACCAUGUUUGUCAGUUGCCCUGUCAUGUGGUGACAAGUGCUGAUGAUGAUUCUCUGGCUGGCAAGGAGUGUCAGCAUUGUGAAGCUGGAUGUGAGGCUAAAAGACCAGAGGGGUGUACUCACCCAUGUGUCAAGCCUUGCCACCCACCACCCUGCCCUCCUUGUCAUAUGAUGAUACGCAUGCGUUGCCACUGUCAAACACUUGUCAAGCAUAUUGAGUGUUCAAGAUGGAUAUCUGUAUCAAAAUCUCAACAAGAUGUUCUCAAGUGCUGUGAACAGCCCUGUCCAAAAGAGAUGCCUUGUGGUCAUCCUUGUGGAGCUAUCUGCCACAGUGGAGCUUGUCCUAAUAUUAACAGUUGUGACAAGAAAGUUGUUCUCAAGUGUAGAUGUAAGAAGAUAAAAAAAGAGAUUCUAUGCAAAGAUAAGGCAGUUGUUCCAAAGCCUGAAUGUGACACCAGCUGCAAAAAUAAAAGCAUGACUGUUGAUGAAACAUCCAAACUUAAAGAAGAAGAGGAACGUAAAAAGCAGGAAGCAGAACUUUUGGAGUUUGAGAGAAUGAUGAAAGGGCGUAAGAAAAAGCCAAGAAAGCAUAAGGAAGAAGUUGUUGAAGAAGCAUUUGUAAGCAAAUAUAAAAGUUAUAUUAUUUUAGCAUUAGGAAUUCUUACAGCAUCUGGAUUAGCCAUUUAUUUUACAUUAAACAAAUCAAAUUAGGUACAAUUAGAAGUGUUAUUAAAUACUCAUUGUUACAUAAAACUCAAAUAUCAGAUAUGUAAUAGUCUUAUUUUAUUGUGUUUUCAUGUGUUCACUAGCUGGAAUCUUAUGAUCAUAACUCAUUUAAAGAGAAUCAAAAUGCUAGGUACAUAACACACUUAGGGAAUCAUUGUUUACUGUUAAUCUGUAACUUAAUAAAUAAAUAAUGAAUUACCAUGUAAAAUUAUUGACACAUUUUUUUCCUUUGUUGUACUCUAAAAUAGAUUUUUUUCUGCAUUAAUUUAUGCUACUCUAGAUCCUGUUGUUUUAUAUGAUGAAGUAUAUGCAGUGUUAAUGUUUAGUUAUAAAAGAUUUUAUUUGUUACUACAGCUGUUAAAGCUGUGUUUUACUAUUGAUGUUUCAUGUUAUGUUACUUUUAUUUACUUGUGAAGAGGUGUACUUACUAUAACCUUGUAUUAAUUUUACCUUAGAAACCAGCUGAUUAAUUAAUUCACUUUUUUUUUUUUAACCUGUUUUACAUUUGCUGUGACUGUAUUCCAUUCCACUUGAAUGUAGCAGUGUGAUAAAUCAGAACUUUUGGUCUAGUUUGAUUUUGAUGUUUUAGAUUAUUAGUGUACAAAUCUUAACUUGGACACAAAAGUAGAAUAUAACUUGAGUAAAACAAGUUGCAGUUUUAUUUCUGCAUUUUAAAAUAAAAAUUUAGUUUCAAUUAACUCACUUGAGCACUUUAACAUUUCUUUAUUGAGAGUAAAGAGAAGCUUACCCUAGUAUUGUGUGCUUGAAAUAAAAUAAUAAUUAUCCAAAGUAUUACAAAUUAUUCUUCGAGGUAAGAAAGUUAUGAUGAACUGUCGAUUGACAACUGGCUUGUGUCACUUAGUUACAAUUUUAAACUUUGGUUUUUUAGUGAAGAUUAUCGAAAUGUUUGGAUCUUGCUGAUUUUCUUAGCUCUAACCUUAUUAUAUUUUAAAAUUUAGGCUCUUUGAUCAUUUCAUUUUUGCAGCAUUUCAGUACAAACUAUACAAUAGCUUGGAUCAAUACUAUGUAUUAUAAAUAUGCUUUUUAAAGUUAUGGCUUGCUACCAUUUUUAUUUAGAUGUUAUAGAUUUUUAAAACUGUUCUUUCGUUAGAGUUGGAUUGAACUGUAUCUUUUUGACAGUUAUGUUAAAAUGUUGUAGGUAAAUUAAAUCAAACUUCAAAAUCAUCCUUGAGUUUGUUAAAUAUUGGAAUUGAGCAUGUCUUAUGUUUCUGUCAUGAUAACCCAUGUUUG